AUGUCGGUUUCAUCUUCCAGUUCGCAAGAACAAAUAAUGUCUGGAAAUUUGGCUUCUGACUAUAUUCUUUCAGAGGAGGCCGAGGAGCAGUUAAGCACAAAUGUCAUUCAGGCCGGGAAAGCUAUUCUGGAGCUCUCGUAUAUCAACGAAGAGGUCUUGCAAGAAUUGGAUAAAAUAGAGGAUCUAUUGUCGAAAGUAAGACAAGAGAAAGAGAAAGACGAAAUGAAAAAGGUGCUGCCUUUAGCCAAGAAGGCACUGGUGAGACUUCUGGGACAAGGAGAAAUGGAUGUCAAGAUUUCCAUGACAUCGCGCCUCACUGAGAUAAUGAGAAUAACAGCCCCUAAUGAGCCUUUAAAGGAGGAUAACAUGAAGAUAGAAUGA